UAGACAUCUACAUACAAUUUAAUUUACAACAGUGUGACAUCAGAGGAUAACUGGAGUUUGAAGUAUUGCCGAUCAUCCUCUUACCCACUCUUGGCAUCUUAUGGAGUGUCUUCAUCUUCAAAUUCCUUUAAUUUUUUUAAUCCCCUUUUCAAAUAAUUCUCUCUUUUCAGCUUUUUAAUAUUCUCAUAAUUAUAUAAAUUUCGCACUUUUAUUUGUCGUAUGGGUUCUAGUGCCCUGAUAAUUGUUUGCCUUACUACGAAUUUCAUUCUUAGGGCCAAGAAUUAGUUUUUAUCUCUGUCAAUUUUGUUCUUUUUUCUUCUUCUUCUUUUUGUUCGGUUUAUUAUUGGAGCUACUACAGAAAAUGGUACCGUGGGGCGGAUUAUCUUGCUGUUUGAGUGCAGCCGCUCUUUAUCUUCUCGGCAGGAGUAGUGGAAGAGAUGCUGAAGUGCUUAAAUCCGUUACAAGGGUCAAUCAAUUGAAGGAUCUUGCACAACUACUAGAUACUGCAUCCAAAGUUUUGCCUCUUGUGGUUACGGUAUCUGGAAGGGUUGGUUCAGAUACACCAAUUAACUGUGAGUUAAGUGGUUUACGAGGCGUGAUCGUGGAAGAAACAGCCGAGCAACAUUUUCUGAAACACAAUGAUGCAGGUUCUUGGAUACAGGAUUCUGCAUUGAUGCUCUCGAUGUGUAAAGAAGUUCCUUGGUACCUGGAUGAUGGCACAGGCCGUGCUUUUGUAAUUGGUGGUCGUGGUGCCUCGGGAUUGGUACUGACAAUUGGAAGUGAAGUCUUCGAGGAAGCCGGACGGUCAUUUGUGCGAGGGACAUUGGAUUAUCUCCAAGGUCUUAAGAUGCUUGGAGUGAAGAGGAUUGAACGUGUGCUACCAGUUGGUACUUCUUUGACUGUUGUUGGCGAGGCUGUUACGGAUGACAUUGGAACAAUUCGGAUCCAGCGACCGCACAAAGGCCCGUUUUAUGUCUCUGAUAAAACUAUUGACCAGCUCAUUGCAAAUCUUGGGAAAUGGUCAAGAUGGUACAAGUAUGCUUCAAUGGGCUUUACCGUCUUCGGCGUAUAUCUACUUCUGAAGCAUGCUUUUCGUUAUAUGAUGGAACGAAAGCGUCACUGGGAAUAUCGCAGGAGAGUUCUUGCUGCUGCUGCUAAAAGGACAGGACAUGAGGAUGAAGGUUCUAAUGCUACAACUGAGAAUGGAGUGGAUACUCACCAUUUAAUGCCAGAUUUAUGCGUCAUAUGCUUGGAGCAGGAAUACAACUCAGUUUUUGUCCC